UUUGAAGCUGCCCUGUAGGGCCAUUAAAAAUCACAGCCCAGAAAAAGGGCUGAAUAAAAUAAUUAUAUAGUUUUAUAGAAAAAUUAAUUGUUAUUAAUAUGGGACGACCUCGUGAUAAUGAUGUUAAUGGUGGUGGUGACCAAAGGAAAAGAUUUACACUUCUUGGUGUCUCUUCAGUCCUUCUUGUAGCAAUGGUUGGUGCUGUUGCUGUUGGUUUAACAAGUAAAGGUGACACAAAUUCAGAACAAGGACAAAAUGGUCAAAUUUCCAGCACACAAAGAAAUGUUGAAAUAAUUUGUGAAUCAACACAGUACCAAGAAACAUGUCACAAAAGUCUUGAUAAAGCAUCAAAUGAAACAUCUGAUAUGAAAGAGCUUAUAAAAGCUGCUUUUAAUGCAACAGCAGAGGAGUUAAUAAAACAAAUACAUAACACAACACUUUAUGAUGAACUUGCAAAAGACAACAUGACAAAACAAGCAAUGAAUAUUUGUAAUGAGGUUUUGGAUUAUGCUGUUGAUGGUAUUCAUAGAUCUAUUGACACAAUGGAUAAAUAUGAUUUCAAUAAGUUGAGUGAAUAUGCUUAUGAUCUUAAGGUUUGGUUAACUGGUACACUUUCUCAUCAACAAACAUGUUUGGAUGGUUUUGAGAAUACAACAACUAAAGCUGGUGAAAUUAUGGCUAAGGCUUUGAACACUUCUUUGGAAUUAAGUAGUAAUUCUUUGGACAUUAUAAAUGCUGUUUCUAGCUUACUUAAGGAUGCUGGUGAGAAUAAUGUUAAUGUAAAUCUUAAUAGGAAGCUUUUGUCUAACGAUGGUUUUCCUUCUUGGGUCAGUGAAGGACAAAGACAUAUUUUGAUGGAAGGAAAUUUUAAGCCAAAUGCUGUUGUGGCUCAAGAUGGUAGUGGACAAUUUAAGACAUUAAGUGAAGCUCUUUUGACAGUUCCUUCUUAUAAUGCAGAACCUUUUGUGAUUUAUGUUAAGGCUGGUAUUUAUAAUGAGAAUGUUAAUGUGCUUAAGGAAAUGACUCAUGUUACUAUCAUUGGUGAUGGUCCUACAAAGACUAGAUUCACUGCUAGCCUUAACUAUGUUGAUGGUGUCCAAACUUACAACACUGCAACUUUUGGUGUAAAUGGUGCAAACUUCAUGGCAAAGGAUGUUGGAUUUGAGAACACAGCAGGAGCAGAGAAACAUCAAGCAGUAGCACUACGAGUAACAGCAGAUCAAGCAGUAUUUUACAACUGUCAAAUGGAUGGUUUCCAAGACACUCUCUACACACAAUCACAACGUCAAUUCUACCGUGAUUGCAGCGUCUCAGGAACGAUCGAUUUCAUCUUUGGAGACGCAUUCGGAGUAUUCCAAAACUGUAAACUAAUUGUUAGAAAACCAUCAGAAGACCAACAAUGUUUAGUAACAGCUGGAGGAAGAAUAAAAGCUGACAGUGCAAGUGGUCUUAUUUUCCAAAACUGUCACUUCACAGGUGAAGCAGAAUUAGCAGUCAUGAGACCAAAAAUAUCUUACCUAGGAAGACCAUGGAAGCCAUAUUCAAAAGUUGUAAUUAUGGAUUCUCAAAUUGAUGACAUAUUUGUACCAGAAGGUUACAUGCCAUGGGCUGGAAGUGCAUUUGAAGAAACAUGUAUUUAUUAUGAAUACAAUAACAAAGGACCAGGUGCAGAUACAUCAUCAAGAGUUAAAUGGGUUGGUGUUAAAACCAUAUCUUCUGAUGAAGCUGUUGAUUAUUACCCUGGUAGAUUCUUUGAAAUUGUUAAUUCAACUCAACGUGAUUCUUGGAUUGUUGAUUCUGGAAUACCUUAUUCUCUUGGGCCUAUGGAUGCUACUAAUCCAGCUGGUCAAGGUCAUCAUGGAUUAAGUGGUAUUGGUGCCAUUAAUAAAGUUAAAGUUAGGAAAAAUAUUCGUGAUCAUGCCUUUGGCAGACAACACCCUUCACGUACUCACGAGAUUUUUACUCUCAUAUGAUUAGAUUAAUCAAUUAAUUUCGAUCUAUACUAUCUUGUCAUGCUUCAAUACUAUUAUAUACAAUACUCUCUUUAUUUAA